UGACAGAAAACAUCGGUGUUUAUAAAAACAUGGAAAAAAAAAUAUUUUCGGAAAAUAGAUAAAGUUUUGAACUUCUUGAUUGUUUUAAUCUAACGCCAAUUGAAGCUCGUGAUUUGACAAUUCAAGUUAAAUUGGGGUACAUCGUAUAAUUUUACAUAAAUACAAAUCAUGUUUGUUUAUACGGCAAGAAUAAUAACCUUUAAUACAUCCAAAAUAUGGUCAUACAAUAGGAGUAUUCAUAUUUGGAAAGGAAAUGCAAUGGAUUUGCUCUCUUCCCAGCACGACCAUUACUACUUCAAUCAAAAUAUGAAAUAUUGCGUAAACAAAAAAAGUGCCAAUAUUGUACUGGAAGUACCUUCAAAUUUGGAAAAUACGAAACCUCAAUUUAAACUACCUAACACUGUUAAACAAAUUCUAAAUAAUUUUAUGUUGUAUAUAGAAGAAAUUUCACAUUUAGACGACGUGAGAAAGGCGCAAGAAAAAGUAAUGCUAUUUAAGGAUCAAUUAAAGGAAUCUGGUGAUGAAAAAAGAAGACUUCUAAAUGAUUUAAACAGUAUUCGACAAGAAAUACAAAAAAAUCAUAAUGAAAUCGCUAGUUCAAUGCGUGGUACUGAAAGAUAUGUAGCCUUAGUAAGAGAAGAAAUGAAUUUAUUAAAGAGUGAAACAAAAAAACAAAUCGAAUUUAAUACGGCUGAUGAAAUGGAACGUCAACUUUUCAAUAACUUAACAACUGCAAUCAAUGAUUCCUACGAAAAAGAAAAAGUGCAUUCAAAUUUUAUUAAAAUCUUAGGUUUAAUGGGAACAUUAACGGCAUCUGUAGUUACGUUAAUAGCAUCUGCAAUUGGCCAUUUCUAUCACAAUACAAAAUUCGGCUUAGUCGCAAAAGAUUUUAAAGAAAAUGUUACUAAAACAAUCAAAGAUGAAAAUAUAUCAUUAAAAGAUAGUAUACGACUGGAAAUUCAAACAGCUUCUUUUAAACAAGAGAAAAUAUUAAAAGAGAUUUUAAAUUCAAAACUAAAUACAAUUAAUGAAACUAAAAAAUCCGAGUCAUGGACUGAAUUUUUUAGUAAAUAUAUAUAUUCUGUUUAUUAUUAUUUUAUACCUAAAAAAAAUACUUGAAUAGUAUA